CGGUCGACGGAGACCCCGAUGGACUUCGAGUUUACGUCGAGACCAAGCAGUAACACGAAGCCCGUAUGGGCUACUUCGGGUCAAGACCCGCAUACACCAAAGAAACGUACCAUAACGGACGUGAACCCUUCGACACCAGUAUUCUCUGGUACACCCAGCACUCCAACAUGGCCAACAUUCAGCCAGCACAACAAUGUCCCCUUCCUCUUCAAAGAGCCCGUCCCACAAACCCCACACACGCCCGCUUGGGCACCACCAUCUAGCUUCUCGCCGCAGAAAGCGUUUCCCCAGCCGGAGCUCAAGGAUGUGGACAUGUCAGAGCCGGCCUCUCCGGAGAAGGAAAACGGGGGCGACGGUGAGCGGUCGCUUGCAGUGGGUGCAUUGCGGAGGGUCUUCAAGAAGCGGAACGCGAGGGAUCGGAGCCAGCUUGGGCGUCGGCGUACGAGGGUCGACGAUGACGAGAGCGCGGGAGAGGAUAGCGGCGAGGAGGACGAUGGGUACGGCGCCGUCACACGCAAGACAUCCAACCACUACACCCUCAACCUCGCUGGGCCCACCGCACCACAGUCUGACAUGCCAUAUCGACUGCUCGGCUACGUCCAAGUACUCUUCAACGCCUCGCUCGCGGCCAUCUUCAUCUACCUCGUCCUACAGUUCAUCUUCACGGUCCAGCAUGACGUCGAACACCGCGUCGCAGAGUACUCGAUGGACGCCGUGCAGGAGAUCGCCCAGUGCGCGAUGCUCUACAAGACGAACCUCUGCGCGCAGAACGCCGUGCCCGCGAUGGCGCACCAAUGCGCGACCUGGGAGACCUGCAUGCACCGCGACCCGUCCAAGAUCGGGCGUGCGCGCAUCAGCGUCGAGGUCCUCGGCGAGGUGCUCAACUCCUUCGUCGAGCCAAUCAGCUGGAAAGCACUGAUCUUCACGGUAGUCUCUCUCGCGUUCUUCACGCUCUUCGUCAACUCGGUCCUCAUGCUCUUCCGUUCGCGCACCAACCCCGCGACACACCUCGCGCCUACGCAUGUUCCGCCCCAUCUCAUCGCCCCUGCGGUACCGUACCACGCCCCUCAUGGGUACCUCCCUCCCGCACACGAGUGGGGCGGAAAGGGCUGGAGGCGUGGAGACGACGGGUCGGAGGAGCUCGCACCGCGGCGCCGACGACUGGAUGACGGACAAGCUGCCAAGAUCAAGUAGUGGCCGCCCGAGGGGAGCAUCGCUCGGUCAACCGGGGUUGCCGGCGGAACCUGGAGCGAAGUAUACUUGUAGAUGAAUAUGAAGACCACACGACAUUGAAAACAAAAGCGCGACACCCUCACUAUGCAUCACUAAUUUACGCAUACUGCAUAUUCACUGUUCC